ACAGGAGCAGCAGCAUCCUCCUCCUCCCGAAGAUGACGGCGCUGAGGUGCAUCGGCAGCUGCCUGCCGUUAUUCGUCAUGGCGAUCGUCUUCGACAUCCUCGGUGUGGUCCUGCUGUUCGUCGGGAUAUUCGGUAACGUGCGGAUGCACGGCGUGUUUUACGGGGAUUUCCUCAUCCACACCGGCGCGCUGGUCUUGUUCGCCAGCCUGGCCUUGUGGCUCAUGUGGUACGUGGGGAACAUAAGGGUGAAGGAUGAAGGUUUGGCGCGCAAAUCGAGCGCCGCGCACAGCGUCAAAGAGCUCGCGAGGAAGCUCACGGAGAGACUGUCCAAAACACACCUGAAGGACAGCACAGGUGAGAAAACAGGAAGCAAAGCUUCCACCAUUCGAAACAUAACGUGGGGAAAAUCCACCUAUUUCCCAGGACACAAGGAUCUCGAAUCGGAUAUGAUCAAAUGUGAUGAACUAUCCAAAGAAAAAUCAGAUGAUGAUCAGUUAAUGUGCUACCAGAAUCAAGGGUACGAGGACGAGGAGUCAUGCAAACCAAUCCAGGAGGAGACAGAUGACCAGACCCGGUCAGAAGACGGUUCUGAAUCAGAUGUGAGCAAAUGCAGUGAAGCGUCUCAGGAGAAAAAGCCUGGAGAUGAUCAGUUCACCUGUUACCAGAACGAAGGGUACGAGGAAUCAGAAUCAGCCGUGACCAAAGACGGUGAAAAACCUCAUGAGGAGAAGCCAGAGGAUCAGCCAGAGAGCAUUGAUGUUCUGCUGUGAAAAGAGGUCCUUAAGCAAUGACUGAAUAACCGAGAACCUUCAAUAGUCUUCAAACAUUUGCCAUCAGCAGUACAUCUAGAGAUACUGCGUACAACUCAAAUGAUACUAUAUAUAUGCUUUAAUAUAGUAAAACACAGCUGUCUGUUGUGUUUCUGUAUGGGGGUUGAAGAUUCUCAUUGGCCUGAUAUCUAUAAAGCAGGGUGGCUGAUAUAAUGCUAGAAUACUUUUAAUGGACACCAAAUUGGUGAAAUGAAGCGAACUCUUACUUUGCACAAUAUUUACUCAAAAUUCAUUAGAAGGAUUUAUAAUGCUUUGGCAGAACUGUUGGCAAAUUACCUCUAGAAAUGGAGGUUACAUCAGCCAAAUUUUGAUAAUCCUAAAAUGGCCAAAUAUUGUCUGAUAUAUAGCCAUUCAAU